AUGUGCAUUCAUUUUAAUGAUAGAUCAACUUAGAGUCGAAUUUGGUUGUAGCUUGGAAAAUAUUUAAUUUUUGAUUGUGAAUUGUGUAGAAAUUCAAAAAAGUUAGAAAAAUUUUAAUUUUGUGGAAAAUUUUCUGUUCUUUAUUUAUCAGUAUAAGAAUUCAAUUUUCAUUUGCAAAGUAAACUUAUUAGAUUAUAGGAAUAAUCAAAUUACAUCCAAUGUGAAAAAUGCAAAUAAAUAUUUCACUUGAAUAAAAAAGGCAAUAAUAUAUUUGUUUCCAAAUUUAUAUGUAUUCAUUAAAAGGGAAUAAUUAACUAAUGCAAAUAUUGUAGAAAAUUAAUCUAGAAAAAAUAAUAUCAAAGAUGUAAGAAAUGUUAACUCCUACUUUUCUUUUUUGAUGAAUCUAGACAAGUUAAAUGUCCAAACUGUGGUAUUGUAUAUUGUGAAUGUUGUAAGGAAGAAUAUUAACUGUUUUCAUAAAAAUUUUGCAGAUGUAAAUUAGUUAAAUCCUCUAGAAAUCUAAUCCUUUUUUAAUUUUUAUUUUUUCUGUUUAUUGGUUUAAUAAUAUUGGUUUUUAUUGGCUCUUAUUAUUUGGAAAAUUCUGAAUUUUAUUAAUCUAUUGUAUGUACAAUAAAAGAUGGAUAUUCAAAUAUAAAUUGCACUUUAGAUUAAUUUUAUAUAGACACUUUAAAAUAAUUUUUAUUGUUUAUUAUCUUAAUCUUUAUCAUUACAUUAAUGUCAAUUUUAUUUGAGAAUAUUCCAUAUAUUCUAAAACUAUAAAAUAGAAUAUAAAGUGCUAGAUGA